AUUGAAACUGAGAACAUGUCAUUUUAUAUUGGCCAUUUGCACCCAGUUGUGCCUCUUCAUUAGCAACCACCCUUAGAUGACAGGAAAACUCAAAAAGACGAAGAACACUGACACAUCAAAUAAAUUCACUUUGGAACACACUGGUUUUUCCAAGGAUGCACUGCCUUGCACAUGAAUUUCUGGUUCUGUGGCUUGUCAUGCUGCUGAGCUUGGCAAUCUGCCAGGAUACAUGCCGGGUACAGGACGGUAAGCCUGGAGAGCCUGGCAUACCUGGGAGAGACGGCCAUUCAGGACAGAAAGGCCAGAAAGGGGAAGCAGCUCCCUGGUUGGAUGUGGAUAUGAAGAUAGGUGUUAAGGGGGAUGGAGGAGACAGGGGAUUCCCGGGAUCAAUGGGGCCGAAGGGGUACAGAGGGGAAAAUGGGCAACAGGGCCUGCCUGGACCCCAGGGGCGCCCAGGACCAAGGGGAGACAGCAGUGGCCUCGAUGGACAGCACCAAUCAGCAUUCUCUGUUGAGCGAACUGUGAAGGAUAAACCAAACAAUGGGGCACCGGUGACCUUCAACACUGUCCUCGCAGACAUCAGUGGUGACUUCAACCUUAAGACCGGCUACUUUACCUGCAAAAUAGCUGGAGUCUACUAUUUUGUCUUCCAUUCCAUGUCCUCCAUGGGGAACCUGUGUCUGGCUCUGAAGAGUGAUGCCCUGGGCCAGGAGAGUCUGGGGUUCUGUGACGUCAACAAGAGGGGAAUAUCUCAGGUGCUCUCAGGAGGAGGGGUCCUCAAGCUCACCCAGGGCCAGAAGGUGUGGGUGGAGCCAUUUAAGGAGGGCUCCAAACUGGCCAACCACAUGACCGAAACCCAGAGCAGGUCUAUUGUCUUCAAUGGCUUCCUAAUUUUUCCUGCUGCAGAGUAGUGAGUUGGGGCUCCAGUGUCUGUGGUCAUAGAGCAGAUCUAGCAUCAGGGUUCCCCUCUCCAUAUCCUAACCGAUUAUACAUUUUGAGCUGGAAAGGCUAAACUGAUCCUAGAUUAGGCUCUACAUUUAUAGUGUGUUUCAUAGUAGGCUUGUUGCUCUAAGAUCAGGAUCACCCUUUAUCUCAUAAUGGGUAAGGGUUGGAUCCAAGAUCAGCACUCCUGCCCUGAGAUACUAUAUGAAUAUGGACCUAAGCCUUCUAUACUUCAAAGCAAUCAGUAAUCUCUGUCUUAUAUCUGUCUAUCUGUAAGUUUUAGAAAUCAUACUGACAAUACUAGUGUAAUUCCCAGGUUUAUUUGGCUGUAACUUUUUGUAGCAAGUCUGUAACAAGUAUGUACUUUCAUAAAAAGUUUUUUUCUGUCCUUAGUUAAAUUAGAGUACUUAUGGGGGUAAUAUGAUGCCUGAUAUGUGUGCUGUUAUAUGAUGCAUUAACUCAGAUAUUUUAAACAAUCUACUACAUCCCUGUGUUAACAUCCCUGUCUCUACAUUGUAAAAGACACUGGUUUCGUUCAUGGAAAAAGUAAGCAAUAUUAAACAACAUAUUUAAAUAA